AUGACAACUACUAUACCAGAAUCUUCAACAAAUAAGGAUGAUGAUGAUAUAUUUGAUGAUAAAACUAAGGGUUACAUAUCUGAAAGUUAUAAUAGAAGCAAUAAUUGUGAUUUCAAUAAUAUUGAUAUUUUUACUUUGAAUAAGAUAAGCUUUAAAAGAGCCAGAAUUUUUGCUAAAAAUGAAGAAAUUUAUUAUGAUAUCUUCUGUGAGAAUGAAGAGUUCGAAGUAGAUUCGAUAUUCUCAACAGAGUUAGAAUCAAUAUUGACAUUGCCAUAUGAUGAAAGUAUAGCAUUGGAAAAUCCUAAUAGCAGUAACAUACAUCUAUCGCUUUGUGAAAUAGACAAAGAUACAUUUGAAAAAGCUAAAAGUAACAAUCAACUGCAUAGCUUGGGGACUAUUAUUUCUCAAAAUAACGAUAAUGAUAAUGAUAAUUUAAUGCAGCCCUUAUUUGGCAAGUCUUUAUUUACUAAAAAUUUAUUGGAUCUUUAUGAAAGUAUUUUUAUUCAACUUUUACAAAUGAAAUUAAAUAAUUGGAACAUUGAUGAUAUAUUUAAUGAAAUUAAAAAAAAUAUAUCAAUUGGAUAUCAAAUACCACUCUCUAAUGUAGUUAUAUUAAAACCUGGAGAAAAUCCUAACUGUGAUGCAAAUGUGCAUCAAACCUGCGCAAUGUACUUUAAUAAUGUCAGAUUAGACAAUACAAACAAUAUUGAUGUUGCUU